ACACGGCUGAACAUCCCCACCAUGUCUAUCCGGUCAUACCUUGCAUCACUCAAGCAAAAACUCGAGGCUGGCGCCCUCAAGCCCGUUUCCUUCGUCACAGGAAACCAAUCGGCCGAUUUGGACUCUGUGAUCAGUGCAAUCUCGUACUCGUAUCUUGCCAACAUCAAGAACCCAUCCACGUUUAUCAUCCCCUUGAUCAACAUCCCUAGAAACGAGCUCCGUUUGAGAAGAGACAUCGUGGGACUUCUCGGAUCUCACUCAAUUUCUGAUGACUUGUUGUACUUCACCGAAGACUUUGCCUCCAUCACCAAGGGGCAGUCCACUGAUAUCAUCUUGGUGGAUCACUGCAACAUCCAGGGUGCUCUCCUCAGCGAACGCUUACAACAAGGCUUGCUCAAGGUGACUGCCAUCAUCGACCACCAUGCCGACGAAGGCGUUUUCGUGGACGCCUCUCCUCGAAUCGUGCAUUCCAAUGGUUCGUGCUCCUCGUUGGUGUUCAAUUAUUGGUUCAACGAGCUUGCAAACGACACAGCUAUCUUCAGAAAGGACCCAGAGGUCGUGGAGCUCUUGCUCGGGCCCUUGUUGAUCGACACCUCUAACAUGACCCAGAAGGUCGAAGAGGGUGACAUCCAGGCCAUCAAGACCUACAAGGAAAUCUUGCAGGACAAUGGAGCCGUGACUCUCGCCAAAGUUUCAGAGGACGAGGAUAUGCUUACAGGAUUCUACAAGCAAUUGAAGACCAACAAGAAGGACUUGAGUGGCUUCUCGUUCCAAGACGUUUUGCUCAAGGACUACAAACAGUUCAAGUUCUCCACCGGCGAGCGUGUGGGUUUCAGUUCUAUUGGGAAGUCCUUGAAGUGGGUAUUGACUCAGUUUUCCUCUGAAGAGCUCAAACAGACUUUGGCACAGAGCUUAAAGACUCAAGGCCUCGAUUUAUUGGUGAUUACUUCCUCCUACACCCAGAAAGAGAAUGACCAGUACACUAGAGAAUUCUGUUACUACUUCGAAGAUUUGGAUAACAACAAGUUUGCCAGCUUGGACGAACAUGCCAAAGGACCUUUGGAAUUGAACGGUGAUAUAUACAAGUUAAACAAGAUUGAGGAUGUGCUUGCUGGCCUCUCCCAUAGCAACGGGACCUUCAAGUUGUACAACCAAGCCAAAUUGUCGGCGUCGAGAAAACAGGUUGUUCCAAUUGUCAAGGAGAUCAUCGAAAGGUCAUAAGCAAGAAUGGGUGUGUUUAUCGUGUAAACUAGAGUAAUAUAGAAAAGUAAUGAUUAACGUAGCUUUUGACCCGCUAGC